AACUAGCUAUGUAAUAUCAGAUUUGACCCGCUACAGUCAUUGGUUUAUAUAUUACGAUAUUCUAUAAAGUGCAAGGUUAAUAUGAAUUAUUUUUGGAAAACAAUUUUGGCAGUUAGCCAUAUAACUCGCUAUUUUGUUUGUGUAACGCAAGCUAACUUAGCUAGGUUAGAGGUUAGCCUAUCUUAGGUCUCUAACGCUAGCUCGAUAAACGAGUUAGUGCUACAUUAUUGCUAUUUAUAUUGUAUUGCUACUUAUUCCACUAACUACGUGUGACUAAGUUAAACUAUCUAGCUAGUUAGCUAACCUAUGAAACCUAGGUCAUACGAAACAAAUCAUUGCAUCUCACCUAGCUAUCUAGCGUUAAGAUAGCUAACGAAUUAAUGUAAACAUUAUCUGAAUAUGUAGUUAGCUAGCUAGACAGCUAGCCAUUCUGCUUGGUACUGAGUAACGCAGCUAUCUAGCUAACUUGUAUAGUUAGCUAUUUAGCUAGCUAGCUUGUCGACUUUGUUCCUUUGACACCUAAAUGCUUUCAGACCAAGCUCAUAAGCAACCAACCAUACGACGAGACACUGGACGUUAACGAUUCAGAAGAGUGUUCAGGAACACGAGUAGACAGCAGCUGAAAGAAAUGGCCAAUACCAACAGUGAUGAGUUUGUUGAAGAUACCAAGCAAAGAAAGAAGGAUCAACCAACCAGUCCCCAAGGAGGCAGUGAAAAUAAUGAGGAAGAAGAUGAUGAUGAUGACGAUGAUGAUGAUGAUGACGACUCUGAUGAGACGGAAUCAGAUGAAGAAGAAGAAGGGGAGCCGAGUUCAGCUCUUGAAGGGGCAUAUGAUCCAGCAGAUUAUGACCACCUUCGUGUUACAGCAGAAAUCAAAGAACUUUUCCAGUAUAUCACACGAUAUACACCACAGACCAUAGAGUUGGAUCAUAAGCUGAAACCAUUUAUCCCUGACUUCAUCCCAGCUGUAGGGGACAUUGAUGCUUUCCUCAAAGUUCCUCGGCCUGACGGGAAGUCAGAUGGCCUGGGACUGCUGGUGCUGGAUGAGCCCUGUGCUAAGCAGUCGGACCCCACUGUCCUCUCCUUGUGGCUCUCAGAGAACAGCAAGCAACACAACAUCACUGAGGUGAAAGUGAAGAGUAUUGAGAAUCCAGAGAAGAACCCCAAAGCCAUAGAUAACUGGAUAGAGAGCAUCAGUGAAUUGCACCGUUCCAAACCGCCAGCUACUGUACACUACACCAGACACAUGCCAGACAUUGACACCCUGAUGCAGGAGUGGCCUGCUGAGUUUGAGGAGCUUUUGGGCAAGGUUAACCUCCCCACAGCAGAUAUUAACUGUGGCCUGGCAGAAUACAUUGACAUCAUCUGUGGUAUCCUGGACAUCCCAGUGUACAAGAACCGAAUCCAGUCCCUCCACGUACUGUUCACUCUUUAUUCGGAAUUCAAAAACUCCCAGCACUUUAAGGCUUUGGCAGAGGGCCAGAUGUCCAAUACUCCAUCUGCUCUACACACUGCUACUGCAGAACCAGAUACACUGACAUUAGAGUAAUCACACCCCCUCCCCGCUGUGUCUUACGUAUGUAUGUAUGUAUGUGUGUAUGUAUACAAUUGCAAGUACAAAGGCCUUCUGAAAUGGAUCUAAUCUAAUUAAUUCCAGUCCACCCCCACAGUUGCCCCCUUGAUGUACCUGAUAUUCUCACAAGUGAGCAUACUGUUGUGCCUUUUAAAGGUAACUAAUGUCUCUGUGACAGCAUUAUUAUUUUCAGCAGUCUGGAAACAGCAUUUCCAUUGGUUAACAAAAUGUACAUAUAAUUAGCUUUAAACAUUUCAUUUGUUAGGUGCUGUGCAAAAGAAUAUUUUCUCAGUUACAUUAAAAAUAAAGAUUUAUUUCCUCAGACCCA